AUGUGGGUUCAUUCCCUUAUUUGUUCUUUGUUCUUUGCAUUUGUAGUGCAUUUUUGCUAUGCUCAUAACAAGAAAAUCGAAGUUUCUGGAAUUGUAGAGUGUGCUGAUUGCAAAGGGAGUAACAUCAAGCCCAGUCAAGUAUUUUCAGGGCUUUAUGUAACAAUCGAUUGCAUGCUUAAGAAUGGAGAAGUAAAAAGAAGAGGGGAAGGAAAAGUUGACGGAAAUGGAAAAUUCAAAGCUUUACUUCACGAGGGAAUUCUCCAUGAAGGAAAAUUCAAGGGGAAAUGCUAUGCACAACUUCAAAGUGGAUCCGCUGCAUGUCCAGCCUACAAUGGCAUAGAGGAUUCCAGGAUUGUAGUUUUCAAAUCAAAAACUGAUGGAAAAUACAUAUUGAAACCAAAGGGAAUUCUGAAAUUUUCCUCUGUGUUUUGCACUUCUGAUUUCCUAUGGCCAUUUUUCGAUCCAAUUUCUUAUUGGAAAUGGAAGAAACACUUACUAUGGAACUACUUUGGCCAACCAUGGUUUUUACCUCCAUUUCCACCUGUAAUUCCAACGCCACCUCUUCCGUCUGUUGACCAGCCAAAACCACAGCCACCCGCAAUGCCACCUCUAUCACCAGCUCCCCAGCCAACUCCUCCACCAAGUGCAACCUACACAUCACCAGUAAAACCUCUUCUACCAUGGUUCCCAUAUCAUAAAACACCGGUUUACCAGUCACCUCCGACACCAAUUCCAACCAACAAUCCAGCGGUCUUCAAGAAACCCUGUCUUCGUAAGAAUAGAUGGUUCCGUCCUCCAAAUUGGUGUAAAAAUUAG